AUGAAAUUGGUUGAUAUUUUAUUUGUGCUGAGUGUGGUAGCAACCGCUAAUGCAAUACUGAUACCGACUGAUAACAAUGGCUCACCACAAGCAUCAGGCACUUCGAGUCAAGUAUCUGGUCCAACCAAUGAACCUAAUCCAGAAAUUCCCAGCCAAGACUGGCAAGAAGUAAUGGAUUCAGUUAAUUUAAGCAUUUUCGAUCAAGACUGGGAAUACCUAUUUGAUCCGAUUGAUCCAAGCACUUCUGAUCAAGAUUGGCAAAACAUAGUGGAUGAAAUCAGUUCAAGUACUUCCAGCCAAGUAUCUGAUUCAACUGAUAAACAUGAUUCAAAUAUUCUCAAAGACCAACAACAAUCAAUUGAUCAACCCAAUCAAAGCACUCCCAAACGAGGUCGAAAACGGCCGAUUGAUGAACACGGUUCAAGCACUUCCAAACAAGACCAACAACAAUCGAUGGAUCAACCCGGUCCGAGUGCUUCCAAACAAAGUCGGAAACAAUCAACUAAUGAACCCGGUCUCGUAUUUCCCGACAAAUACUGGCAACGCUUAAUAGAUGAAAUCAAUUCAGGCACUUUUGAAAGCUGGCAAGAACUGUUUGAUAUAGCUAGUCCAAGUACUCCCAACCAAAACAAACAACAACCAAUGGAUCAAUCCAAUCCAAGUACUUACGGUCAAGACCAACAGCAAUAUUCAACGGAUACAAUUGAUUCAAGCAUUCUUGACGAAAACUGGAGAGAUCUAUUUGAUAUAACUGAUUCAAGCAUUUCCAAUCAAGUUUCUGACCCAACUAAUGAGCCUAAUCCAGGUAUUUCCUAUCAAACCCAGCAACAUCCAGUGGAUGCAAUUGGUUUAAGCAUUUCCAACGAAGACUGGCAAGAAAUAAUUGAUGCAGCCAGUUCAACUACUUCCAAUCAAAACCAGCAACAGUCAAUGGAUCAGCCCAAUCCAAGUACUUCCAAUCAAAACCAACACCAACCAACAGAUGAAAACGAGUCAGAUAAUGCUGUUUCAGAUCAAGUGACUGGAUUAAACGAACAGAGUCAGAGAACCUUUAAUCGUAUAAAGCAAAAGCUUGAGUUGUCUAAAAUAAUACGAAAGAAAAAAUACAAAGAAUAUUGUGAUUAUGCAGCCCUUAAAUUCGAACAAUGGUCAGCGCUAGAAAGAGGAGAAGAAAUAUCAGGGUCAGAGUACAAUCAAAACACUGAAGAGAAAUUGAAACAAGAGUAUGUAGCGACAAGGAUAAAAGUAUACAGUAUCAGACGAAGCUUGAAAAAGUUUAUGAAAAGGCGUGGUUUAGAAUUUCAAGAGCCAGACUCGGAUUCAGAUUGA